GUUCUUAUCCUUUGCUAUUCCCUGUCCGAUUUCCCGCACCCCCCCGAAGCCAUCGUGUCGAUCUACCCUCGCCUUACCCUUGUCACGGUGGGUUGUCGUCGCGGCCGGCGCGGUAUUCGCUCCCGCUGCCUUACCACCCCAGUCCUCGUGCUAUUUUGGGAUACCGUUAUCCCAGCCCCGGAAUUUGCUGCGCAACGAGGGCGGUGACGAAAUAGCCUCCCCGUUAGCCCGUUCGCUCUAUUUUUCGAGACAAGGUCGCAUCAUCCAUCCUCCUCCUCUUCUCCUCGUCGCACAUAUUCCACGAUGGUAACUGGAAAAUCGCAUGCUGGUGCCGAGGCGUUUCAACAACUUCCGCCCACGGCGCCGCAACCUGAACCCAUUACUACAUCACCACCCUCCCGACGUGAUCUUACAACAUGGUGGAGGCAGUUUAAGAGGAAUACGAGGAAAGAUGAGCCCAAAGAGAAAACCCAAGGCAUCUUCGGUGUCCCCCUCAAAGUCAGCAUUAAAUAUGCAAACGUUGCUAUUUCCCUUACCAAUGACAAUGGAGAGAGUUUCAUCUAUGGAUAUGUACCAAUAGUGGUGGCAAAGUGUGGAGUAUUCCUCAAAGAAAAAGCAACGGAUGUGGAAGGCAUUUUCCGACUAAAUGGAUCCGCAAAACGCAUCAAGGAUCUCCAAGAGAUCUUCGACUCACCCGAGCGAUAUGGAAAAGGGUUGGACUGGACCGGAUACACGGUACACGAUGCUGCGAACGUUCUCAGGCGCUACCUUAACCAACUGCCGGAACCCAUUGUUCCCUUGGAAUUCUACGAACCUUUUCGAGAACCGUUGCGCAAGUUCCGAUCACGAGCUCAAGAAAAUGGACCUUCCUCAGAAUCGGAGGCCAACGAACAUGCUAAAGCUGUCGCAGCUUACCAACAACUGAUUAGAGAGCUCCCAGCUCUCAACAAGCAACUGUUGCUGUACAUUCUAGACCUUCUUGCAGUCUUUGCGUCCAAGUCAGACCAGAAUCGUAUGAACUCGGCGAAUCUAUCCGCAAUAUUCCAACCCGGCCUUCUCUCCCAUCCCCAGCAUGAUAUGUCGCCAGACGAUUACAAGCUCAGCCAAGAUGUACUCAUCUUCCUUAUCGAAAAUCAAGAUCACUUUCUAGUUGGCAUGAACGGUACGGCUGCCGAUGAACAGACCAUGAAGGAAGUCGAAGGCGGUGUUGUUCGCCCACCAACAUCGAAUUCGACCAUUCGGCGCUCCGUAUCAAGCGCCAGCGGAGGAGCUGAAAGCUUCCGGAAGUAUGAGAACCUUCGAAGAAAUGUUUCAGUUUCUUCAAAGAAUUCCCGUACUUCCAACAAUCCCUCCAACCCCGCAACUCCAACCUCUCUCGGCGCCGUGGGAGUGCACAGAAGCAACACUUUGCCAUCCAAAAUGUCACCUGCAAUCCCUCCAUCAAGACAUAGCCGAGUUGUUGAAUCCCCAAGCCUGACUUCUCCAAAACCCAUCUCUAUACAACAAUCUCGAUCGUCCAGCCGUACGCCUGCCUCGACCGGAGGUAAGGUAUUUUCAGCCGUUCCAGGAACCACCAGCUCCGCUUCUGGAGUAGUUUACCUUCAUUCGGCCACCGAUGGACCGACGCUGAAGGCGCCUUCGGAGAAUGACCGUAUCACUCAAAAACCUGUGCAGCAUGUUGCGUUGCCACCACCUACAACAUUCUCCCCACCACCUGCAGCCGUUACACCAACCAAGGAGCGCAAGCUCUCAAGUUUCUUUACUAAAUCUCCCCCACCUGCAGGAGAGCUAAAGGAACCACGACAGCCCAAUAGGCUGAAGAAGAAGCGGAUCCCGGGAAGUACAAACGAGAGUGCUCAAAGUUCAUCCCACUCGCUUCAGGCUGCAACUUCUGAGUCAGCGUUAAUUUCCCCUCCAACCUCCUCGCAGUGCGAGUCCCAGAAUGACAACGGAGGCGCCACUCCUAAACCACCUAACAAUGCAGGCUGCGACGAAGUUGGAUCUCAACGAGAAGGGAGAUCCGAUAAACCUGCCGGCCAAGGUGACGGUGGACAUCCAACCGCGGAUACUUCGCUACGACCUUAUGGCUCGCGUACACCGUCAAUGAAUUCUCGCUCCUCUUUCACAGAUUAUUCCGAUGUCGACCACACUGACGAGGCAUCCCGUUCGGAGCGUAAAGAACACCGGCGAAGUUGGCGAUUUCCCCGCUCGGCCAAGCGGAGCAAUGAGCAUAUUGGACUUGGCUUGGGCUCACCUCCUCUCCUGGCCUCCACCCCUGGGGCUGAUCGCAGUACCAGCUCUAUUGGCAGCUGGCACCACUCGAGUAAAAGCUCUCCCUCCGAUCUCCAGCAAUUUGUGAACGAUCCAUCACAUCAUCCGCUAAGUUUGGAUGCUGAAGUCCACAACGGUACUUCCAAGGAGAUGUCACUGAGCUCGGAGCCAGAAAAGCGAAGCCUUUUCGGCAAGUUCAAGGCUAAGGUUGCUCAGGUACGAGACGGUGUCAAGGAUUCGGGAGAGCGGGACCGAACAAGAAGUCCCGUUCACUCCGAGUUUGAAAAGUCUACUUCGACUCGAACUUUGUCUCCGUCAAGCAAGGACAAUCUAGUCAAGGACAGCCUAGCCAGCCGUCCUCCUCCGAUUGAUGUGAGCAGAGAUCCAAAGGAAGGGUAUAUCAGCUCGCCAGUCUCCCCUCUGCCUAGCUCAGGGUUACCUCCGGCAAUCCCUGAAGAGCCCCGCACCCCUGAAAGUCCUGUUGCCCAAAAGAAUAUCCUCGCUGAGGUUCCUGAUACUCCUGAGGUGCCUGCUGCCGAAGCUCCUCCAGCGGAACCCAAAACCGAAGGAGUCGAGGAGGCCAGAUCUUAAACGCAGUAGACCGGAUCUAUUUCUACCUCUACACACACUACUCUCAGGAGUGUGCUAGAAUUUUGGAUAGACUAUGCACCCGAUUCCCUCGUGUGCUAGAAGCGGCAAGCUUAGCCCAUGUAUAGAUCGAAUGAUGAAGCAAAUCAUCCUAUUUCUUCUUCGCUGUCGUUAUCUACGAGAUUGGGUUUGCUGGAUACAACUUGUUUCCCUUGUAUUUCCUCGACGACAUGCGGGAAUGUAUGUUUAGCUUUGGCUUUAUGUUAUAAGGCUGGUCCUGUUCUCAUACCCCAGUCUCCUUGAUGUUUGUUAUGGUUCACGAAUGAUGUAUUCUUGCUCUUUUUCUAUGUGAAAUCCUUUCUUACCGACCCGAGACGUUGAAUAUUGUAAAGUGUAUAAAACCUGGAUAGAUUCUCCGGUAUAUCACUCACUCAUCAGGUGGACCUGGACCUUUUCCAUGAGUAGAAAUGAUUUUCUCGCAGCCCUUUUUUAAUCUACUUG